AUGAAUAGUUUUGAUGGACAAACCCAAGCAUUUGUAAAUUGGCUUGUUGAUGAAGCAAAAAUCAAGAUCUCUGAUAAAGUUGAAGUACAAGAUCUUAGAGCUCAGGGCCAAGGUAGAGCACUAGUAGCUGUUCAAGAUAUUUUGAAGGAUGAAGUGCUAUUUGAGAUACCAAGAGAGUGUCUUUUGAAUGCAAAGACAUCUUCUUUGGUUAAAGAUCAUCCAGAAUUGAAAGUUAAUUUGGAACAAGAACUAGGGCAUUGGGAAGGCUUGAUUUUAUGUAUAUUAUAUGAAAAAUUGGUUAAAAAAGAAAGUAGUCAUUGGUUUCCUUAUUUUAGUAUUCUACCAGAGGCAGAAGAGAUAAAUAGUUUAAUGUACUGGAAUGACGAGCAAUUAGAAAAUUUGAAACCUUCUUUGGUUCUAACUCGUAUAGGUAAAGAGGCUGCGAAGAAUAUGUUUGAUUCAAUUGCCAUUUUCAUUACUACGCAUGGUUUACGUGAUGAAAUAUCUCCAUUGAGUUGGGAUCUCUUUGUUCAUGUUGCAAGUAUUAUUAUGUCCUAUUCAUUUGAUGUUGAAUUGCCUGAAAAGCAAUCAAAUGAUCAAGAAGAUGGGCAAGACGAAAAUGAAGAGUAUGAAAAUGAAUGUAUAGCUAGAGAUGGGUAUAUGAAAUCAAUGGUUCCAUUAGCAGAUAUUUUGAAUUCUAAUACAAACCGGUGUAAUGCACACCUAACUUAUAGUUCCACAACGUUAAAAAUGUUUGCAAUUGCUGAUAUUCCAAAGAAUGGACAAAUUUUUAAUAUAUAUGGUGAUCAUCCAAAUGCUGAAAUUUUAAGAAGGUAUGGAUAUGUUGAAUGGGGUGGAUCUAAGUUUGACUUUGCUGAAGUUAGAUUACAAAACGUUGCUGACAUUAUUUGUAACAAAUUUAAUAUAACUGAAACAAAAUUUGAAAAACUGAUCAAGAUAUUUCAAGAAAAUGUCACUAUUAAUGAAUUGUUAGAGGAUGAAAGCAUAAUACUUGAAUCAUAUGAUUGUUAUAAUGAUGGUACAAUAUUGCCAGAAAUAAUUAUAUUAUUGCAGAUAUUAUGUACAUUUUUGUCCAUGGAUUUAGUUGAAAAAUACGUUGAUGAUGAAAUAAUUGAAUCUCAAUUGGAAAGGGUAACUAAGAAAUGUACUCAGUUAAUUAGUGGUGGUCGUAUUACUUCAAUGGUUUGUGACCUUUGGAAACAAAUUGUAUGUGCAAGAGAGAAGGAAUACCCAUCUCAUGCUAGCCGUGAACAAGUAAUUCAAUUAAACCAAUAUUUAAAUACCGAUGGAUUAAGAAACAAUAUGGCAUCUGAAGUGUUAAGAAAUGAAUUUCAAUGUUUACAAAAAUGUGAAGAUUCUAUAAAGAAUGAAUUUACCAUCAUUGAUGAUCAAAAAUUAUUGAAUAAUGUAUUGAAAAGAAAAUCAACAAAUGAGCAAAAUUCAAUGCCAGAAAAGAGGCAGAAAAUAUAG